CUCCCGGGCGGGGCGCGCACACCAGCCGGAGAGGGACGGAGGGAGGGAGGGAUGGAGGCUGAUCGCUGCGCGCCCGGCUCGCCUCCGCCGCCGAUCGCCUCCUCCUGCCUUCCCCCUGGCGGCGGGCAGGCUGCCGCCCCUACCGAGCCGCCGACGUGGCCCCCGGACCCGGAUCGCCCCGUGCCCGCGGAGCUGCUGGAGUUCGACGACGACGAGGACCUGGAAGUGUUCAGCAAGGAUGCCUCCCUCACCGAGGUCAAUUCAUUCAGUCCCUUGAUGCCCACAUCCCCGUCUUCAAUGAUCAAUCAGUACAAAUUUGACGAUGAACCGGAAUUAAAGGAUCUUUUCAUUACAGUUGACGAUCCAGAAAGCCACAUCACUGCCCUAGAGACGUUCAUCACUUACAGAGUUGUUACAAAGACAAUGCGUGGUGAAUUCGACUCCAGUGAGUAUGAAGUUAGACGACGCUAUCAAGAUUUCCUUUGGUUAAAGGGAAGGCUUGAGGAAGCACACCCAACUCUCAUCGUUCCUCCAUUGCCUGAAAAAUUCAUAAUGAAAGGAGUUGUGGAACGAUUUAAUGAAGAAUUCAUUGAAAGGAGAAAGAAAGCACUGCAUAAAUUUUUAAACCGGAUUGCUGAUCAUCCCACUUUAACUUUUAAUGAGGACCUCAAAAUUUUUCUUACUGCACAAGCCUGGGAACUUUCAUCUCACAAGAAGCAGGGGCCUGGUCUGCUCAGCAGAAUGGGACAAACGGUCAAAGCAGUCGCGUCGUCGAUGCGAGGAGCGCCCGUGAAGAACCGCCCAGAAGCAUUUACAGAAAUGAUGGACCACGUGGAGGUGUUUAGCCAGAAAAUCAAUCUGUUGGAUAAAAUCUCCCACCGAGUCUACAGGGAAGAAAGAGACUAUUUUUGUGAGCUGAAGGAGUUUGGCCCCAUCCACACGCUUUGGUCCACAUCCGAAGUAGACCUGGCGGACACGCUGAAAGGGGUGGCAGGCUGCAUCGACAAGUGCUGCAAGGCGACUGAGAAACAGAUGGCAGGGCUCUCCGAAAGCCUCUUCCCUACUCUGCAUGAAUAUGUGCUGUACAGUGAAAUAUUAAUGGGGGUUUUGAAAAGAAGAGACCACAUACAAGCAGAGCUGGAUUCCAAAGUGGACGCUCUAUAUAAUAAAAGGGCAGAAAAUGAUCUGCUAUCAGAAGAGAUUGGAAAACUUGAAGAUAAAGUAGAGUGCGCCAAUAAUGCUCUGAAAGCUGACUGGGAUAGAUGGAAAGAAAGUAUGCGUCUUGAUAUGAAACUGACUUUUAGCGAUGUUGCAGAAAAUAAUAUCCACUAUUAUGAACAGAAGAAGCCAGCUGCUGAUCAGUAUCAAUUGCACCCAUCCGGAGCCAAUCGAGAAUUUGCCCCUCUGGCUCAGUGAAAAAGACAGCUAGGCCACAGACUGGUUUGUGACACAGCAGCAACCUGUAUGUACCAAUGAAUGAACCAUCGCAGGUAGAACUUCAGUAUCCUCGCGGAGCACAAUGCCUUUCAUUGUAAUCAGUCAGAUAUUCAGCUGCCAGUUGCCAAGUGUGGAGUAAUCAUACAAUGAGAAAUCAAAUGCUGUGCCUGCAUCCCUCGAAGGCUGUGUAGCAGGUGCCUUUUAAAUGUGUGUGCGUGUGCGUGACACACACACAAAUCCCACACCAUGGUGGGUAUUAUAAAAAAAACAACAUGGAUGCACAAGUGCAGCCUGCUUGACAAUCAAAAGAACAGCACGCUGUUCACAAACCAGCAGGUAACCACCACUAUUGUGUUUGUACUGUCACAUAUCAGCAGGGCUUCCCCUGCGACAAGGACAGAUGAGUUUUCUGCUGUUCUCCAUAGCACUCCAUAUCUAUAAUGUUUAAUUCAUCAUUUUGGGGGAGAUAGCUUCAUUAGCCAUUGCAGCAUCUUGCUGGAAGGGGUGUACGUCCAGAAAAAAAGUGUCAAGCAGUUUUAAGUCGAGAUGAAAUCAGUAGCACUCAAAAGCAAGGCUUACCUGUAUAUACUGCUCAUUUCAUGGAGAGAUGAUAGCCUGGGAUGAAUGUUGUAGAAUGAGGAGUUUGCACAGGAGAGAGUACACAGCCCUGAGGGUUGUUGGCAUUUGUCUGUCUCAAAAAAACAACAGUGAGACUCCGGGGGUGAAGUCAAACUGCUGUGUUAGCGUCACUGAAGUGACCUCCCUAGGGUGUGAGCCCAGAAGUGUGUAUGGAGGUCCCAGGCUGCCCAGAUGACAAGACUCCCCCUUAGCCUCGCUGAUGCGGUCCAAAGGAAAUGAGAGCAAUAGAUUUGGCACCAGCUUGGCUGCAAGAGUUGCCAAAGGAGGCGUACAAGGAGCCAUGUCACCAUUUUAGGAGCUCCACUCCGGAUUUGUGUAGGGUUUACUCCUUAGCCCCUUCUUCUCCCACAAGGCAGUGGAAGUUUGGGACCAGAGUUUUCUUUCUCCUAGAUGAGCUCCCUUCCCAUGUUGAUGAGCCCCAACUGCCCCUCACCUCCCUCUACAGCACAUGCAGAACCUGCUUUCUUGACCACUGGGCCCACCAUUGGUCUCGCCCACUCAACCUGCCAGAGCCUGUCUUCACAUGGAGGGGAAGUCCCUAACUCACUGAGGGUCUGAGUCCCCAUUGGCUACCCUCACCAGCCUGUGUAUGGGGUGUUAAAGGAGGGGUAGUUUCUCUGGUGGUUUCUUCAUGCUGCUUCUGAGAUAGUUUGUCCACCUGCACUCAGCUCUCACCUGUGGCUCCUAGAAGCUGUCAGCAUGUGACGGCAGCCACACCCCAUGAACGGAACAGCUCUCCCGGUAUGACCUGCAGAGGACCUUAAGGUCCAUAAAUAGCAACAUCCUAGAGGUCCCA